AGUUCAACUUUAAUUAUUGCGUAAGAAUAUCGUUUUAAGUUUAAUUGUGCUGUGGUUUUGCAAUUUUUUUAUUGUACAGUGCGACAUUAAAUUGUCAAUAUUGCUCCAGCAGUGAUUUUAAAGAAGCGUAAUAGAAGAAUGACAAAUCGUGGGCAUCAGUUACCCGAUUCAUCAUCUUCACCACCAAACUUACAAUUUGGAUAUAGUGCAGGAGACAUCUCUGAAGAUGAAGUUUCGGACCUUCCAAGUUGUGCUUUCGCCUCCAGAGCACCACCUACUACUGGAAUUCAGCACCCUUAUUUGUCUAGUAUACAUCAUAAUGCAGACAGCCAGUGCGGAGGAAAUCUAUCAAGUUCGGCAGAUUACUACGGAUCAUCUCCUUACAGAGUGCAGAGACAUGCUGCUAACAUCAGGGAACGGAAAAGAAUGCUGAGGUCUGCUAUUGGACCCACCGGCAGUAUAAACUCUGCAUUCGACGAGCUUCGAAUGCACGUGCCCACUUUCCCCUACGAAAAAAGGCUGAGCAAAAUUGAUACCCUUCGAUUAGCGAUCGCUUACAUCGCUCUGCUUCGAGAAGUUCUAACCGCUGACUGCGACCCCCUGACCUAUGUGGAGAAAUGCCUGAGAGGAGAGAUCAAAGCCGAUCGAGCAAACUGGAACACGAGUGAUUUGACCGCUCGAUUAUCAUGGAUAAACUGGGAAAAUCUUGGAGUUACUCCUGGUAGGCGCAGUGCUUUAACUUCGUUAGCGCUCACUUCAGAGAAUGUCAAUAAUCCACAGUAAUGUCAUUAGACCCAUUAAUGAACUGUAAAUAUUGUAAAUAUUCAAUAAUUAUAGUUGAUUCAGUUACUGAAUUGUUUUUGAAAGUGCAAUAUUAUAUUGAUCAUGUAUGAG